GGAGAAGCCCGGCGCGGACAUUCAAACUAUGGCAGAAGACUCGAACAUAUUAAAACUAAUAUCAAACUCCGAGGAUACGGAAAAUGUUUCUACAGUUAAAAGCGACGAUCUCGGGAUAACGAGGCGGCUCUCCUUUUCGUCAAAAACGGAUAUUAGCUUAGCGGAAGAGCCGAAGAUGACACCCGAAGUCCUAGUGUUACAACAAGGUGUAUCCGACGACGCAAAUUCAUGCCGAGUUUCUCCGGAAAUCACCGAACAACUCUCACCACCCGCCGUAAACGCACAUUUAAAGGCUAAAAAUGCCAUGAAAUUAAAAGACGCCUCUCCUAAACAGCGCUGUGUGAACGACACUGACGAUAAGGAAAACGCCGCUAUCCUCUCCGAAGCGGCCACUCAAAAUGACGCAGAAGAAGACGACACUUCUUCUCAGGGAGGGUUUAAACAUUUCAAAGCGACUGCCGGUGUUCAAAAUGAUGCCGAGGACAGAGAUGCUGAGAUGGUGAGGAGAGCGCAGGAAGAAGGCUGCGUGAACGUGGUCUUUCCUGGCACUGUAACUCAGGAAGGCUGCUGUCGUUUUGUAAGUGAGAUCCUCAAGUGCAUCCUCUAUCAAAGACAGCAGCUGCCCAUGACGUACGACCAGCUGGUAUACUCCCAGAGGAAGCGGCAAGCUUCAGUGCAGGAUAAAGACGCAGUGAAUCGGAGACCAGUGCUGUCUGCAGACAUGGACUGGCGCAAGUGCCAGCAGACCCUUCAGGAGCUGGAGGAGGUGCUGCAGCAGCUGGAGGUGCUGUUUUCCCUCAGCAGGGUGCCCCGCGUGCUGCUGUUAAUGGGCGGCUCGCUCGUCCUCCCGAAAGAGCUGUACGAGAUAAAUAUGGAGGCUCUGGUAUCAGCCGGUGGCAAUCAGUGUCUUCGGGUGUCAUCAUGCUUGAGGCAACUCUUCCGCACUCUUUUUGUGGCUGACCUUUUGUCCGACACCAGACCUGUUCGUUUAAUGCCCACCACUGUUUUGGUGCUGGCUCACAGGGACUGUGGUGUAGGCUGGUUUCGCCCUAAACUCCAAUUUAAAGUCCCAGCUCGUGUAAAGAAACAAAUUAUUGCUCUGUCUAGUGAUCCAAACAUCUGUAAGGAACCAAGGGCUGAGGGGUCAGACUGGCAGGAGGAUUAUGUGUGGUUUCAGGCACCCGUGACUAUUAAAGGCUUCAGUAAUUGACCCUAAAAGUUGGGCAGUGUUAAGUGUCGAGUGUAGUGCUUCCUCUCUUGAGCUUGUGUGCUACAGUAAAUAUUAACAGUAAUUCAAGGGAAAUUUGAACAUGUUUUUUAUUAAGAUGUACAUAUUUUAAUCAACUUACUUUUAUUUUUGUAUUUUAGUAUUUUUCAGAGUAUGUCAAUUCAAACAAUAAUGAAUUCACUGACAAACAGUAUGGUGUGCUACUUUUGCUUUUUACAAUUUGUUUAUAAAUGUUUUUCAUUCAUUUAACACAGAGUAAUACACUCACUAUUAGUGCAAUACAUUUUUAAUGAGUAAGACUUUUUAAUCCAUGCUGGUGACAUAAAGGAAUGCCAGUAUUAUCUGUGUGCAUGUUUACAUCUGUCAAAACUUGCAAAUGAACGUGACAAAUCAAGCAGUAAGAUGCAAUGUGGUGUAGAAAGGUUCAAUGUAAAAAUAAUUUGUAUGUCUCCUGCUUGAAAUAAUAAA